AUGGCUGGCGGUGGUGACCUUAGUGCAAUUACAAAAACCGGUGAACAUGCAGUUAGAAGGCCGCGAGGGCGACCCGCCGGGUCAAAAAACAAGCCGAAACCGCCCAUCAUCAUAACGCGAGACAGUGCUAACACGUUGCGGGCCCAUGCCAUGGAGGUGAGCCCGGGGUGUGAUGUUGUUGAAAGCUUAGCCACUUUUGCUAGGAGGAAGCAACAAGGGAUUUGGGUGUUGAGUGCAGCUGGCUUUGUCAGCAAUGUGAUGCUGAGACAACCGUCCCCAUCACCGGCUGGUCCGGGUAACGGACCAGUUGUCACUCUUCAUGGACGUUUUGAGAUUUUAUCGUUGAUUGGUUCGGUGUUGCCACCGCCAGCCCCGCCCGGUGUAGCAGGGUUGGCUAUUUACUUAGUUGGUCCGCAGGGCCAGGUGGUGGGUGGGGCCAUUGCAGGUCCACUUAUGGCAUCGGGACCGGUUGUCAUCAUGGCGGCUACUUUUAUGAAUGCAACUUUUGAUAGGUUGCCGAUGGACAAAGAGGAGGUAGUUGUUGCCCCAACUGCACACGAUCACCACCACCACCAUCGUGUUAUUGGUGUUCCUGAUGUUUAUGGGAACCCACAAAGCUUGCUUUCUAACACGGCUCUCCCUCCUCCUGAGAUUUAUACUUGGUCAACGGGUCGACCAUUAUCUAAGACAUGA